ACACAAAAAAAGGCCUAACAGCAAUACAGUGGGAUUGGAGAUUAGAAAUUGUGGCUCUGGCUGAUAGAAUCAGCUUUAGGGAUAAAGACGCAGACCCACUUCAGAUCACUCACCAAACACGUUCAGGACCUCCAGCUCCAGAGCCAAGAAGGGAAAAGCAACUGUUUACAAAACAUCUUUCGCAGAAUCACUCAGGCGGCAGAAACGAUGUACGAGUACUUGAGUAACAAUUGCACGUGCACAUAUGUCUUGGGUGCGUUUGUGCUGCUAUGGGUUCUGGUGUGGUUCUACCGGGACAACUUGGAGAUCACCAAGGUCUCGGAGAAACACGUUUUUGUGACCGGUUGCGACUCUGGGUUCGGAUACCUACUGUGCAAGCGGCUGGACAAACGUGGUUUCCGCGUCCUAGCCGGGUGUUUCACGGAAAAGGGUGCAGAAGAUCUGAAGAGCGCGACAGGACCUUACCUGAAGACCUGCAUCUUGGACGUGACCAGCACGGCCAGCAUUCAGAAGGCUUUGGAAUGGACCAAAAAAGAAGUUGGAGAUAAAGGACUUUGGGGUCUGGUGAACAACGCAGGACGCUCCCUUCCCAUGGGUCCGUCAGAGUGGAUGAAAAUCGAAGACUUCCAAAGCACGCUUAAAGUCAACAUGACUGGCAUGAUCGAGAUGACCAUGGACUUCUUGCCUCUUGUCAAAAAGGCCCGUGGACGACUGGUGAAUGUGGCGUCAGUUUUGGGAAGAGUGGCAGCUAACGGCGGAGGAUACUGCAUCUCAAAGUUCGCAGUGGAAAGCUUCUCUGAUUGUCUCAGGAGGGAUAUCCAAAAUUUUGGGGUCAAUGUGUGCAUCAUUGAACCUGGUUUCUUCAAGACUCAGGUGACCAGCUUAGAGCCCAUCGAGAGGGAACUUCAUCGCCUCUGGAACCAGCUGACCCCUGAAGUGAAGGAGAGCUAUGGAGACAAAUACUUGGAUAAAUACAUCAAUAUCCAGAGGCUGAUCAUGAACACCAUAUGCGAUUCUGACCUCAGUAAAGUGACCAACUGCAUGGAACAUGCCCUGCUGGCCGUCCACCCAAGAACACGCUACAGCGCAGGCUGGGACGCCAAGCUCUUGUGGAUUCCCUUGUCUUACAUGCCUGCUUGUGUUGUAGAUAUCGCGCUGAAGCUGGUGUUGCCAAAGCCUGCAAAAAGUGUCUAGAUUUGGAAGUAAUCUUAGGCCACAUAUGUUUAACUCUUAUCUUUCAUUUCCCUCUUAUGAUACACUAUAGAUACUUUAUUUUGGGGUCUUACUAAUGGCGCUUUUCCACUGCCUGUUAUGGCAUGGUAUGGUUCACUUUUGGGGGGUUUUCUACUGGAUACAGCACCUGGUAAGUUUUUUAGUACCACCUCGGGUUCCAAGUAAACCGUACCGUUACCAAACAUGAUUCUUAAACUGAUCACUGAUUGGCUGGAGAGAAUCGUCACUACCUGCGUCACAGAGACACAACAGGACCAUUGCCAGCGAAAGAGAUCGAACGUAACUGUUUUGAACGAGUGCACCUUUUUUUUUUAACAACCCCAAAAAUGGUUGUUUCGUUGUCAGUUGAGGACGUUCAGGUUUUCUUCUCAUUGAUAGCAGAGGAGCGGAGAUUGGGAGAGUGAGAGCUAGAUGGGACAACACGUAAUGACAAUUUUUUUCAACAAAUAAUAAUAAUGCUGACAAAUAAUGCUACAGAUCAGAUUAGUAUUUAUGGUACUGUAAGGGGUAGGUGUACAAGUUAAUAUUUUAUUAAUACCUUAUUUAUAUCAUGAUGAAAGCAAAAUCACUUUUCGCUAUCGCACUUUCCGCUUUAUCGCAAUAAACUGAAGGUAGCAAAAUCUGACAAGGUAGCACAAAUCGUCAAAACAAACAGAAUAAUCACACCCACUCUAAAGCGGUACUAAACUGCAGUGGAAACGCACACCGAGCCAUGCUGUGCCAUACUGAACCAUGCCAAGCCGAGUCGUACCAAGCAGUGGAAAUGUGCUAAUAGUAACUAGAGUUUAUAAACACUGUGAAUUUAAUAGUGCAUUAAUGAUGCAAAGUUAUCUGGUAACUUAACAUUAUCAGUAAUUUUGUAUAUUUAUGAACCAUUAUACAUAGUUACAAUGUGCCUUGAAACUGCAUCACCAGUUUUGCCUGUUGGUCAUCUAAUGUAGAUGUGUUGCUAAAGUGCCACCUACUUUGAGUUUUGGCGUUAUAUUUGUACGAAACUGUCAGAAUUACUGUUUUAAGGGGAAAUUGAGUUAAUAUAACUGUAUAAACAUGAUUCAAUAAAUGUUAUAAGAACA